AAAAAAGGAGCCAAUAAAUGAAGCACUUUUGGGGAACAGCAGUUCAUUGCUUUAUAUCCGUGCUACCAGAGCUGCCAGCAACAGGCUCACCCGGCAGCCGUGCUCUGCGCGACGCGGCUCCAGCUCUGGCGGGCUUUCCCUCCGACUCGCCAGUCAGCCCUGCAGCUUCUCCAGAGGAAGACACCCCUCACACAGCGGCCGGCCAGAAGCAGUGACAGCUCAGCAUGGUGAACUGCUCCCAAAGCAAUGACACGAUGCCGGAUGGCGUCCUGCUUUUUCAGCUGAUUAUCUACAUCCCGGUUCUCACCUUCGGAGUCCUGCUGAACACAAUUGCCCUCUGGAUCUUCUGCUGCAAACUGAAGAGUUGGACCGAGACCAGAGUAUACAUAAUGAACCUGAUGGUCGCUGACUGUUUCCUGCUCUUCGCUCUGCCUUUCCUGAUAUAUUUUCACCAGCAACAGCACCCCACAGGCAAGCUUUGUUUCACCAUACAGUGUAUAUAUUUUACAAACAUGCCUAUGAGCAUCCUCAUCAUCACGAUGAUUGCAAUCGACCGAUACAUUGCAAUAAAGUUCCCUCUAAAAGCAAAGACUCUUAGAUCCCCGCUGAAAUCAGCGUCUAUCUGUGGACUUCUAUGGAUAACACUCUUUAUAUAUGCCUACUUCCAUCCAGCGUUUGAAGAAGGGCAGGAACAAUUUUGCUUUCAGAAAAGAACUGUUCAGCCUAAAUAUUCAACAUUACUCUCCCUUUUCUUUGGGUAUUUUAUUCCCUUGGGGAUUGUGAUUUUUUGUUCAGUGGAAGUCAUCAAAUGUCUCAAAAAGAAGAUGUCCACAAGUCCUCAUGAGACAAAGUUAAUCCAGAAAGCGCUCCACAUUGUUUCUGUGAAUCUGUGUGUGUUCAUUAUAUGCUUUUUACCUCUCUACACUGUACUGCUCUUGGGGUUUGCAGUGGACGUUGCCGGAGCCUGUUCUCUGAUCCCAAAUGUUAGAGUCUCUAUUCAUAUCUUUGCAUGUUUAGCAAAUGCUAACUGCUGUUUGGAUGCUUUUUGCUAUUACUUUGCAGCCAAGGAAUUUCAGGAAACUUCCUCUCUGCCCCUGCCUUGUAUUUUCUUGAGGUCUAGGAUGAAUCAAAGUGAAGAGUCACAGCAACCCACAGAUCAAGUCAUGACAUAAGAAAGCUGUAGCACACCAUCAGUGUCGAUCCCAUCCCAUUCUUAAGAGCCACUGUCUUGCUGAAGUUUUGAGGGAAUGGGACCACCUACAAUAUCUGUAAUCUUUGUGGGUAUGGGCAUAACUGCAAAAAGAAUCAAUAUCCUCAAAGGGGGGCCGUUGCUGACUUUACUUUUGUUCUUCUGACCUCGGUGAUUGAAUACAGCUCUGGCUAUUGUCUCAGAUAGUUGUAUCUCAGAUCAGGUUCAAGUGUUUCCUCUUCAAGAGGGAGAUUCACAUGGCAUGGAAAGUAGAUAAGGUUGUUGUUUUGGUCAUGCACUCAUUCAUAUGUAUAACAUAUGCAGGCAGGUAAACAAGAGGAACUGAGCUCCCUUUCAGCAAUGCACAAAUCCAUUUCUAGUACUUUAAUAUAUACGGUCAUAUUUUUUUAAAAAAAAUGCCACUGUACUACAAUGCAAAGCCUAAUAGAUCUGUACUGCUCACAUUAAAGGAUUUGCCUGUGCAGUGGUAGUUUCUUGCCAACCAAUAUAUUUCUGAUGCCAUCAGAAUUUAGCUA